AUGGAUUUUAGAUUCCUUUUUUACUCUCAGUAUGUCCCUUUUCUUAUUUUUUUUCUUUUUUCCUUCCUUCUCACUUUUUCUAACCUUUCUUAUUUUCUUCUUUUCUCCAUUCUCUUUUAUUUUCUUCCUUUUCUCCAUCCUUUUUUAUUUUCUUCCUUUUCUCCAUCUUUUCUUAUUUUCUUUCUUUUUUCCAACCUUUCAUCAUUUCUUUCUUUUCUCCAUCUUUUCUCCAUCUUUUCUUAUUUCCUUUCUUUCUCCAACCUUUCAUCUUUUCUUUCUUUUCUCCAACCUUUCAUCUUUUCUUUCUUUUCUCCAUCCUUUCUUAUUUUCUUUCUUUUCUCCAUCAUUUCUUAUUUUCUUUCUUUUCUCCAUAUUUUCUUAUUUUCUUUCUUUUCUCCAAACUUUUCAUCUUUUCUUUCUUUUCUCCAACCUUUCAUCUUUUCUUUCUUUUCUCCAUCUUUUCUUAUUUUCUUUCUUUUCUCCAUCAUUUCUUAUUUUCUUUCUUUUCUCCAACCUUUCAUCUUUUCUUUCUUUUCUCCAUCCUUUCUUUUCUCCAUCAUUUCUUAUUUUCUUUCUUUUCUCCAUAUUUUCUUAUUUUCUUUCUUUUCUCCAUCAUUUCUUAUUUUCUUUCUUUUCUCCAUCAUUUCUUAUUUUCUUUCUUUUCUCCAAACCUUUCAUCUUUUCUUUCUUUUCUCCAAACCUUUCAUAUUUUCUUUUUUUUCUACACCCGUUCUUCUUUUCUUUCUUUUCUCCAACCUCCCCUCCCUCAAUCCUUUCUUAUUUUCAUUUCAUUUUUAUUACCUUUUUUUUUCUUUAUACCUUCGAUAA